AUGGCCACAGUGCCGCCAGGGUGGGUUCAGAUUGAUCCGACAUCGUCCGUGGACGGCGGCUUCCAGGGGAAUGGGGUCUCAAAGCUGGGAGCCGAGCUCCGGCGCCAGGGGACUGGAGAGACGAGCCUCAUGGAGUUCUUCGAACUGGAGGAUGAAACCGAAGCUGUGGACCAGGAUGGAGAGGAAGGCGAGGACCCGAACUUGGAGCUGAAGGAUGGUCGGAGACCUUUCGGUGCGUCCUCUUCAACUCUGGACCUUCUGCAAGAGCAGGCCACCCAGAUGAUAGCCACCAAAGUCGAGCCGGAGAGUGAGCCGCAGGUGCCCGUUGUGGAGAGGGCUUGGUUCGUCUUAUUCAUGGGGCUCGUAGUUGUGGUGAAUGCAGUCUGCAUCGGCCUGGAGGUGGACCUCGCAGCGACUAUUCCGAUUGUCUUCAUCGCUGCCAACAAUGCCUUUCUCAUCCUUUACAUGGGCGAGCUUGGAAUGAGGUUCGUGACAUAUCGCUUCGGGAUAUUCCAAGACCCACUCACCGUACUGGACCUGAUUCUUGUUUUGCUGGUUUUCGUUGAAGAGUUUGCCUUCACGGGCAACCUGGCGAGAUCGCUGCCAGCCUUUCGGCUCCUGCGGCUCCUGAGGCUGGCACGUGCCGCACGGUACAUGACAGCCUCGCCGCAACUACUUGCGUUCAUUUCAAACGCAACGCGAACAAUGAAGACACUUGGCUGGGUUUGCCUCAUCUUGUGCGUCUUCGUUUGGAGUACUGCAGCCUGUGCGCAUUACGUCAUAGGUCAGUCAUCCGUUUGGAACGACACCUUCGAUCCUUGGCAGGAGUACGAGGCCUUUGAGGCUUUCGACAACCGCCAGUACUUCGGAUCUGCUACGAAGAGCUUCCUUACCUUGAUGCAGGUCAUUACAAAUUCACAGUGGGCAAAUCACAUAGCAAGGCCAGUUGUGUUUCGGUAUCCGGCCAUAGCUGGAUUUCUUGGGUUCUUUCUUCUGAUUACGACAUUCGGCCUACUGUCAUCGGUGGUCGCAAACAUUGUACAGGAUGCUCUCGAGACCUCACGGAUCUUGGAGACAUCAACUCGCGAGGUGGAGCGCGAGAACCGGCAGCAGAUGGGAAUGAAAGCACGCACGUUGCUUCGGCUCAUGGACGAGGAUGGAAACGGUCAGCUCGCAGAGCGCGAGGUAGACCAAGCUCUGAAAAACGAGGAAUUCCGCCAGACGCUGCUGGACCUAGAGGUUCCUGUCCUUGAUGCUGAAAGCUUGAUGCGCCUGUUUGACAAGGAUGGCAAAGGCAGCAUAACCUUUGACUUCCUGGUCAAGGGUUUGGUGAGCAUGCUCGAUGACAUCGAUGACAAGGACUGGGCGUUUCUGGCGAUAUGGAGUGAAGGUCUUCAUCUCCGUGCCGAUAUUGUGGAGAGAAGGUGUGAGCUGCUUUUCCAAGGAGUUCUUCGAUUGCAUGGCCUCCUGGAGUAUUGUUUGACGAGCUUAUAUCAGUUCCUGGACAGUCUGGAAUCAACGACUCGACACUACAGGGCUUUGCGCUACGUCCGUUCGGCUCCGCCUCCCAUUGCUGCUAGUAUUUACGAAGUUUUGAACAUCAAGGUGGCAGACGAGGCGCCCAUGGACGAAGCCGAAGCUUUCAUUGGCUUUGCCCGGCGCUACAUGGGCCCCAGCGAUCGAUUGGCCCCCCUAUCUGAGCCUCCACCGCUGGUUCCUUUUCCUGAUGUUCGCAAGACGCUAACGAAUCGCAAGGCUGUUCUUCCCCCGGCGCCCUGCAAGCCUGCUGUGUACAGAGCCAGGUAUCUCCGAGAACAGGUUGCAACUGAUGCUCAUAAUGCACGAUACGACGUGAGUGCGAUAGGUGCCGAGUCCGCCGUGUUUGCAAAGUUGAAGCAAGAAUUGACUGUUGACCCCGAGCUUCUUGAGUGA